AUGCUGUCCGUCAAAGUCAUGUUCGCCGCCCUCGUGGGCGUUGUUGCCGCCGCCGGCACCUGCACGCCAGGCCAAAUUCAGUGCGGUGCUGCCCUGAUUGCUGAGCAGGGCUACACCAAGGCAGACCUCGUCGCCGCCCUCGGCGACAAGGACGUCAAGCCCGAGCUCGCCCUCUUUGAGUGCGGUCAGGCCAACAAGCUCGUGUACGAGGGAUCGUACUGCUUGGGCAAGUGUGUUGGCGGAGACGACCCUAACACCAUCUGCCAGGGUACGUCUGCCUCCCCAUUCCGUGAUUUGAAAUCUGGUGUUUCCGGUGGCAGUCCUGAGAAAAGAGAGCUGACAUCUUCACAGCCUAGGCGCUCCCGCGAUCGAGUUGAGCCGUCAGGAAAGGAUGGGCGAAGCAAGGGUUGGUGGAGAAGGUUAGGGGCUCAAAGCUGCGCACAAGGGCAGAGAACAUGAUGUAUUAAUGGGUGGUGGGAGAUUCUAAACCUCAAUGAGUGAGGAUGGCGCAACCGACCGCUUACACUGAUACUUGCGCCUGGGGCAAAGAUAAUGAAAGGCCAUACAAGCCUUCGCAAUUGGUCUUCAGAAUUUCUCCCUAGUCCCGUCGUAUACAAAACAGUGUUCACUUGACUCUGCGCUAUCUUGCUCAC